CAGCAGCGGCCGUGUUUAAUUUUUUAAUUAGGGCGGUUUGAGCAUCUCCCGGCGGGGUUGCAUCGCCGGGCGGCGAGGGGAGCCCGGGCGAGCUGCCCCCGCCGCCCGGGACCACCCCGUGCCCCGAGCCGUCAGGACUCCAACCUGGCCUUUCGACAGCUGGCGCGGCGGGCCGGAGGCACGGAGAGCUCCGCGCUCCGCCACCAUGGGCAGCGCGGACGCGGAGGACAAGGAAGGUAAAACUUAAUAGAAAAAUUGGAAGUAUGCCCAAUGAAAAUCCAUAUAGCAGGCAAAGAAGCAACAGAGGUGAAAAUCCCUCAGAGCCACCAGGAUGUGAUGCCCAAUGAUGAGCAGUAAUUACUGCAGCAACACUUCAGCCAGUAUGAGUGUCAACGAAAUGUCUGCCUUCCCUCUGACUUUAGAGCAAAAAACUGGCUUUGCCUUUGUGGGGAUUUUGUGUGUUUUCUUGGGACUUCUAAUUAUCAGAUGCUUCAAAAUCUUGCUAGACCCCUACAGCAGUAUGCCUUCUUCCACGUGGGAAGAUGAAGUUGAGGGGUUGGAUAAAGGAACAUUUGAAUAUGCUCUUGCAUGAAAACUCACAGAAUAUCCUGCCUUAAAUUUGAUGUUGAUUUCAUUUUGGAAACCAACUGUUGUUACAUUUGUUAUACAUACCUGCAUUUUGGAGAUAUGUUGGUGGCAUCCAUUUUGUUAAAUA